AUGUUCCACGAAGGCAACUUACAGAGCGGCAUAGCUCGCGCUAUACAAGAGCAGAAGCUUGUCGGCUGCUUCAUUCAAGACGGCGGAACCGAGAGCACGACUUGGGAGAACGAGUGGUUGAAGAGCGGCUGGGCGAGUUUAUUGAGUCUGAUCGAACAGAAAGCCGUCCUGUUGCGCCUCGAGGCCGGAUCUACAGAGGCCGGUUUCCUCUCAGCCUUUUGCACCAUAUCGGAGAUCCCUACGUUUAUUGUAAUACAGAACGGACAGCUACAGGAACAACUCAGCAGCGGCAUAAGCCAGAAUGAGUUCAUCAAUCGCAUACGGAAAGUCUUAGGCGCUCCCCCAAUUCCAGGCACAGUGCAAUCCGCAGACAGUACACUGGCGGCAUCUACACCAGACUCAACACGUAUACCCACGCCAUCUCAGCCCACACCACCCGCCAACACACCCUCCGCACCGACACCGCCGCUUUCAUCAGUAGCGAAAGGCAAGCAGAAAGCCAAACCGCCAGCCACACAGCCCGAGCCGUCGACGUCGAAGGCUCAACAGUCUGCGAGAGAUGCGCUUCGAAAGAAGAAAGAGGAGGAGCGGGAGGAGCUUGCGCGGAUAAAAGCACGGAUCGAGGCGGACAAGGCGGAGCGCAAGGCACAAGCAGAAGCACGGAAGGCAGAACGCGAGAAGCUGGCGCAGUCGGAGCCUACGACGUCACCGUCAUUUACGGUGGCGAGCUCACGAGGUUCAAAUGCGAAGGAAGUGCACCUCAACGUGCGCAUGUUCGAUGGCGCAACUAUUCGCUCUACAUUCCCACGAACAGCGUCGUUACAAGACGACGUGCGACCAUGGAUAGAUCGGGAGUUCACAACGAGAGCGGCAAACGCCAACGAGCGACAACCACCGUACUACUUCAAGCAGAUACUCGCACCACUACCGAGUCGCGAGCUCUCCGCUGGCGAGGAAAGUCAGACACUAGGCGACAUUGAUCUCGCACCAUCAGCGACGCUCGUACUUGUACCUGUCAAAGGGUAUACUGACGCAUACUCUGGCGGUGCAGGUGGCAUUGUCUCCGGACCGGCAGGCAGCGUGUUCAACCUCGUCGGUGGAGCCUUCAAUCUUGCUGGUUCCGCUGUGGGAUACGUAAGCAACACUCUUUCUUCAGUGUUGGGAGGUGGAGGUAGUGCACAGCAAGGCAACCAGCCGCACCCGACCGAUGGACGAUCGCUAGGUAACACGCCGCAAGAGCCGUCAGGCUCGGAAGGUAUUCGCGUGCGAACGCUUGCGGACCAGCGAGCGAGGGAGCCGAGGAACGAACAGCUUUACAAUGGGAAUCAGGUGCGUAAUGACUAG